UUGGACUCCUAUCACGUGUUCGUGUCGCGUGUCGCAUCUAUUAUACAGACGUGUUGUUAUGUUAACUCUAUGACGGGACUUCAAGCAAAACCACACCAUGAAUGGCUCAAAGAGAGGUCAUGAUCCCUUUGAGCUUUAUGAGCUUCAGGCUCGGGCUAACAUUAAACGAAUGAAGUUGGAAAAGCGCUUAAAUUCGAAACAAUCUCAACCACCCAUUAAAGAAACCCAACCGAAUGACUUCAAGCAAGUACGGAAACCUUUGCAGGAGAUUCCAAAUAGCUUGACAAAUAUAGUACGAAACACUAAAGAAAGAGAUGCUUCUGGUCCAAAGACGAAUAUUAGCAUGAAGAAUCUCAUCAAGAAUUUACAUCUGCAACAGUCACUCGGUUCACAGCAAACAAGUAGAACCCCCAUUUCCAAAGUGAUCUCGAUGACUGAUUCCAAGGGUUUCAUAAGAACUCAGCGCAAUGGACUCAAUAAUAGAUUUUCGGACAUAAGCAAGUCCAUAUUGAAUACGCUCCCAACAAAGGGAAAUGAACCCACCAUGAUGAAUACCGCCUUCGUCAAAGCCUUCAUUGAAUGGUUCAAAAUCAACCGUUAUGACUAUAAUAUUACAAAUCCGGAGACUGAAAAUAUCAGGAAUAGGCUCAUAAAUGACAGCCCUCAGAGAACAACAUCUGAACAGAGAACGCCUGUGGUCACAAAUCAAUUCAAAAAAAUUGAUGAAGUAUCGAACCCAACACAUAUUGUUGUUGAGUCUAGAAUGAUUGGUAAGUUCUUGUAUUGUGCAAAAUUACGGUGUACUAGGACGGGAACCGGAAGUACAGCCAUAUUGCCGAGAACUGAUACCCGAUUUGAAGUUCAUAAAGAUGAUUUGUUGGUGCUCCCUGACAGACCGAGUAACAAUCAGAACAUUCUUGGGGUCGUACUUCCCGUUUUUUAUCAGUGGAAAAUACUUCAUGGGAAACCAAUGGAUGUGAACUUUUUUGCAUAAGGAUCUAUGGCAUUUACGAAUUUACGAUUUGGACUCAUAGUAGGAA